GUUUUCUGACGUCAAAGUUUUCCGCCCACCAUCUUUGUCCCUGGCAAAGUGGGUUUUGCGCAGUGGCUUAGACCUGGAGAAAGAAUCGUGACGGGUAGGAAACCAUUACAACACCACCUGGGCUGUGCUUUCCAGCUGCUGCCGCCACUCUCGCCCUUGCCUCCGGUGCACAUUGAAGAUCCCAAAUCAUGACUGACUCCAAGUACUUCACAACCAAUAAAAAAGGAGAAAUCUUUGAAUUAAAAGCUGAACUCAACAAUGAAAAGAAAGAAAAGAGGAAGGAGGCUGUGAAGAAAGUGAUUGCUGCUAUGACUGUGGGGAAGGAUGUUAGCUCUCUCUUUCCAGAUGUGGUGAACUGUAUGCAGACUGACAAUCUGGAAUUAAAGAAGCUUGUCUAUCUCUACCUUAUGAACUAUGCCAAGAGUCAGCCAGACAUGGCCAUCAUGGCUGUCAAUAGCUUUGUGAAGGACUGUGAAGAUCCUAAUCCUUUGAUUCGGGCCUUGGCAGUCAGAACCAUGGGAUGCAUCCGGGUGGACAAAAUUACAGAAUAUCUCUGUGAGCCCCUCCGCAAGUGCUUAAAGGAUGAAGAUCCCUAUGUUCGGAAAACAGCAGCAGUCUGUGUGGCAAAACUCCAUGAUAUCAAUGCCCAAAUGGUAGAAGAUCAGGGAUUUCUGGAUUCUCUACGGGAUCUCAUAGCAGAUUCAAAUCCAAUGGUGGUGGCUAAUGCUGUAGCAGCAUUAUCUGAAAUCAGUGAGUCUCACCCAAACAGCAACUUACUCGAUCUGAACCCGCAGAACAUUAAUAAGCUGCUGACAGCCUUGAAUGAGUGCACUGAAUGGGGCCAGAUUUUCAUCCUGGACUGCUUGUCUAAUUACAACCCUAAAGAUGACCGGGAGGCUCAGAGCAUCUGUGAGCGGGUAACUCCCCGGCUAUCCCAUGCCAACUCAGCAGUGGUGCUUUCAGCAGUAAAAGUCCUAAUGAAAUUUCUGGAGUUGUUACCCAAGGACUCUGACUACUACAAUAUGCUGCUAAAGAAGUUAGCCCCUCCACUUGUCACUUUGCUUUCUGGGGAGCCAGAAGUGCAGUAUGUUGCCCUGAGGAACAUCAACCUAAUUGUCCAGAAAAGGCCUGAAAUCUUGAAGCAGGAAAUUAAAGUCUUCUUUGUGAAGUACAAUGAUCCCAUCUACGUUAAACUAGAGAAGCUGGAUAUCAUGAUUCGUUUGGCAUCUCAAGCCAACAUUGCUCAGGUUCUGGCAGAGCUGAAGGAAUAUGCCACAGAGGUGGAUGUUGACUUUGUUCGCAAAGCUGUGAGGGCCAUUGGACGAUGUGCCAUCAAGGUGGAGCAAUCUGCAGAGCGCUGUGUAAGCACUUUGCUUGAUCUAAUCCAGACCAAAGUAAAUUAUGUGGUCCAAGAGGCGAUUGUUGUCAUCAGGGACAUCUUCCGCAAAUACCCCAACAAGUAUGAAAGUAUUAUUGCCACUCUAUGUGAGAACUUAGACUCCCUGGAUGAGCCAGAUGCUCGAGCAGCUAUGAUUUGGAUUGUGGGAGAGUAUGCUGAAAGAAUUGACAAUGCAGAUGAAUUACUAGAGAGCUUCCUGGAAGGUUUUCACGAUGAAAGCACUCAGGUGCAGCUCACUCUGCUUACUGCUAUAGUGAAGCUGUUUCUCAAAAAACCAUCAGAAACACAGGAGCUGGUCCAGCAGGUCUUGAGUUUGGCAACACAGGAUUCUGAUAAUCCUGACCUUCGAGACCGAGGCUAUAUUUAUUGGCGCCUUCUUUCAACUGACCCUGUCACAGCCAAAGAAGUGGUCUUGUCUGAGAAGCCACUGAUCUCUGAGGAGACAGACCUUAUUGAGCCAACUCUGCUGGAUGAGCUGAUCUGCCACAUUGGUUCUUUGGCCUCUGUGUACCAUAAGCCCCCCAAUGCUUUCGUGGAAGGAAGUCAUGGAAUCCAUCGCAAACACUUGCCAAUUCAUCAUGGAAGCACUGAUGCAGGUGACAGCCCUGUUGGCACCACCACUACUACCAACCUGGAACAGCCUCAGGUUAUCCCCUCUCAAGGUGACCUUCUUGGGGAUCUUUUAAACCUUGACCUCGGCCCCCCAGUCAAUGUGCCACAAGUAUCUUCCAUGCAGAUGGGAGCAGUGGAUCUCUUGGGAGGAGGUCUAGAUAGUCUGCUUGGCAGUGACCUUGGCGGGGGCAUUGGAGGAAGUCCGGCAGUGGGACAAUCCUUCAUCCCUUCAUCAGUGCCUGCAACAUUUGCUCCUUCACCUACUCCUGCUGUGGUCAGCAGUGGUCUGAAUGACCUAUUUGAACUGUCCACAGGAAUUGGCAUGGCACCUGGUGGAUAUGUGGCUCCUAAAGCUAGCUUUGGUGUCAUCCCUAGCACUCCUCUGGCCAUCCAUACACCACUGAUGCCAAACCAGAGCAUUGAUAUCUCCCUGCCUCUCAACACUUUGGGCCCAGUCAUGAAGAUGGAACCUCUAAAUAAUCUGCAGGUGGCUGUGAAAAACAAUAUUGAUGUCUUCUACUUCAGCUGCCUCAUCCCACUCAAUGUGCUUUUUGUAGAAGAUGGCAAAAUGGAGCGCCAGGUCUUCCUUGCCACGUGGAAGGAUAUUCCCAAUGAAAAUGAACUUCAGUUUCAGAUUAAGGAAUGUCAUUUAAAUGCUGACACUGUUUCCAGCAAGUUGCAAAACAACAAUGUUUACACUAUUGCCAAGAGGAAUGUGGAAGGGCAGGACAUGCUGUACCAAUCCCUGAAGCUCACUAAUGGCAUUUGGAUUUUGGCUGAACUACGUAUCCAGCCAGGAAACCCCAAUUAUACGCUGUCACUGAAGUGUAGAGCUCCUGAAGUCUCUCAAUACAUCUAUCAGGUCUACGACAGCAUUUUGAAAAACUAAUGGACUGGUCCAGUACCCUCCAGUCACCCUGUGAUCAGUGCAAGCCAAGAACUCUUAACUGGAAGAAAUUGUAUUGCUGUGUAGAAUCUGAACUGAAAUACAGUGAGGCCACCCACCAAGGUAGUGACUAGUCUAACCCAUGCUAGCAUUAGGGCACAACCUGUUAGUUUUAGCUUCCUGUGAACAUUUGUAACCACUGCUUCAAUCACCUCCCACCUCUUGCUACCCACCGCUGCUAUCUGUCCUUACUUGUGGGCUUCUCCAUGCUAUGCCAGUGAUUGGCUUUUUCUACACCCUCUUUUGAGUGUAGUUUGAUAUUUUGUAAUCGAGAGCUCAUUUCAAAAGCAGAAAAAGACAAAUAUUAAAGCAAGGAAAAGUGUCAUUGAAACAUAAA